AACACGUUUUCUCUCAGUGUCGUGGCGGACUAAAACUGCGAUGCUGCAUUCCGCAUUUAGCUGUGUGACAAGACUCAAGAGGUGCUCGAACAGACCGAUAGUGGAGCCCAACACUAAAUCUGCCUUGGAAAGUAUUUCUUACACUCGCUUAGCAUGUAGAAUUUGCUUUAAAAGUAAAUAAUGCUGUUAAGCCCCUGGCUUGACCUGACCGAGCUGCUGGUAGUAAGUCCGGCUUACUUGUUGUUUGUCUGUGAGUGUGAUCAUCGUCAGGUUUAGGCUGAAAACCUUGGAACGAGUAGGAUCAUCAUCAUGUCACAAGCACAGGGCUACGACGAUGACGACGCCAUGGACGAGUUCAUGGAUAAAUUCACUAAACACAAAUACAAAGGUGCUUUUGACGAGAGCAACUGGGAGGAGGAAUUUGAGAAAGUGCCCAUGUUCAUGAAGACGGCGCCGGAGGAAAUUGACCCAGAGAAGCACCCGGAACUGGCCUGCCUGCAGUCCAUCAUCCAUGACGACGAGAGGGGACCCGAGGAGCAAGCAAAAGCCCUGAAAGACGAGGGGAACGAAUACUUCAAGGAGAAGAAUUACAAGAAGGCUGUUGUGUCCUACACAGAGGGCCUGAAAAAGAAGUGCCAGGAUUCAGACCUCCGUGCCAUUCUCUUUACCAACCGGGCAGCUGCACACUUCCACCUAGGUAACAUGCGUUCUGCUUUUAAUGAUGCUGUUGCUGCUAAGAAGCUGAAACCUGACCACCUAAAAGCCCUCAUCAGAGGUGCUCAGUGUUGCUUGGAGUUGCGUAACUUUAGUGAGGCUCUGCAGUGGUGUGAAGAGGGAUUCAGACUCCAGCCCAAGGACCUGAAGUUACAAGAGCUGAGAGCCACAGCUGAUAAGCUUAAGAGGACAGCAGAAAGAGAUGCCCGGAAGGCAAAGGUGAAAGAGAAGAAGCAGCGUGCGGAGAUGGAGACUCUUCUGAAGGCUAUUAAGGAGCGUGGAAUAAAACUGCUGAAACCAGAGAAGCCCCCCAAGCACAGUUCGGAUGAUGAAGACGAGGAUGGAGACACAACAAGAGGAAUGGCUGCGCUUGAUCUUGAUGGCCUGUCCUCCCAGGAAGCCACUGGGUUCAAAGUAUACUUGGAUGACCAAGGCAUUCUGCACUGGCCUGUCCUUUUUCUGUAUCCUGAGCACGGGCAGACCGACUUCAUCUCUUCCUUCAAGGAGUCCGACAGAUUUAUAGAUCACCUGGCUGUAAUGUUUGGCGAGGAACUUCCUCCUUGGGAUACUGACAGAAAGUACCACCCCCAAAGUCUACAGCUUUAUUUUGAUGAUGAUAAAGGAGAACUUGUUCAGUUUGACCAGGGAGUGUCCCUUCUUAGUGUUCUGAAGAAUGACAGGUGUUUUGUGAAAGAAGGCACACCCAGCUUUACCGUCCUCGUAAAGGGCUCUCCAUUCUGCAUGAUGUUCUUAUCAGGGAAAACUGUGCAUCAGCUGAAAUGAAGUCCUGACAUCAGAACACAUUCACUUGCAUCUUGUCAUUCGCGUUCCAGACAAGGAGAGGAUCUUUUCGUCCGGCUUUGUGUGGACAUCAGGCCCUGUUUUCAUUAUGACUUUGUUUUGGGCAUUUAAUAUUUGAUGAAAAAAAUCAUGGCAGUUGAACUUUAUGCCAGGUAUUGAACUUGAAUAAUGUCUAUUGUGUAUAUUAGCACUGCAUAAAUUAAUGCAGGAAAAGUGAAACAUUUACUGAAGCAUGUUUUAUAAUGAUGUGACUGUAUUACCAUCUAGUGGAUGUUCAAAAACAUUUCUUGUCAGUUCUGAAGCUCAAAUAAGCUUAGAAAACAACUGCUUUCAGGGUGGUAGUUUAUCAUCUUUUACGUUAUAAUAAGACAGAACAUCUCAGAUGAAUGAAAAAUAAAGGAAUGAGUUUAUCCAAAUAGAGGACAUGUUGCUUUUGCAUAUGGUGAGGUUGAGGUUGUAUGUUAGGCUGUGCAUUAUUGUAAAAGUGUAACAAAGAUAUUUGCUGAUACGUCAGAGGACAACAUGCCCAACGAAAGCCUUUCACAGUGGAGAACAUAAUUUCGAUUUGUGUGUGUAGUUGCAUGUAUGAGUGGAAUUGUUUUACACCACCCUCAUAAUAGGUUGACUCUUCCGUUGUGAAUUUUUUAAGCAUUAUAUAGCUGACUGUGUAGUGUUUUAGAUUGCAGUGAAUUAACAUUUCUUAAAAGGUUUUGCACCAGAAAUAAAGUUUUAAA